AUUAUUGUUUUCUGAUAUCUCCCUUACGUCACUUCACAAACAUCUAAGCCAACCCCUUGUGUCUUUAUCUUGAACCGUUUCAUUGCCUUCAAAACUAAAAUAUUCAAUAUUGAUCUGAUCUUCUACCACCAUCUUUCCUGCUCUCUCUGUUUUUAUCAUCAAUCUUGUUCUUGAAACACACUGAAGAAGAAGAUGUCUACCAGCUUCUUAUCAAAUCCAGUUGCUGCAUCUGGCUAUAUUGGCCUCAAACCCAACUCAAAUACUUUGUUUCCUGUCAUGGAGACUAUUGCAUGGAGGAGGAAAACCACCUCAAAUGGUUCAAAAACUACAUGCAUGAAGACGUGGAAUCCGAUCAAUAACAAAAAGUAUGAGGCCCUCUCCUACCUCCCUCCUCUUUCAGAUGACUCAAUAGCAAAGGAGGUUGAUUUCAUGCUCAAAAAAGGAUGGAUUCCAUGCCUUGAAUUUGAUGAGGUGGGACAUGUGCACAGGGAGAAUAGUAGGAUGCCAGGAUACUAUGACGGGAGAUAUUGGACCCUGUGGAAAUUGCCAAUGUUUGGCUGCAACGACUCAUCUCAAGUUCUGAAUGAAAUCCAUGAGUGCAAAAAGACAUACCCAAAUGCUUAUAUUCGUUGUUUGGCAUUUGACAAUCAGAAACAUGUUCAGCGCAUGGCCUUUGUCAUUCAAAAACCUGCCCACUGAAAUUUCUGUUGUCUGCUUUGCUGUUAUGUGAUAAAACAAGUUAAAUGGUUCAAGAGUCUUUUGAGUGUGGCUUUUGUUUGGUGGAGAAACUUUUGUUUUAAAUAAUCAAUCAAUCAAAAUGAUGUGACUGGUCUUGUUACGAGCCCACAGUUUAAAGUUUCAUUUCUGUGGGCAGCUUAUGGGAAUGCCAGUGGUUUUACUUCUAGUUGGUACUUGUACCUUUCUCGGGCUUUGAUUUUUCUUUUAUUUGGCCAAUCAGACUGUAAUUUUGUGUUAUCAUAAAUUGUUAUUUUAAUAUGAAGGUUCUUCCUCAACAUUAUCAAUUA